AAUUAAAACAAGGAAUUUCCCAAGACUUGGCUUCUUUCAGAUUAGACAGAUAUAAGAUAGCAAGGCAGUUAACAGAAAAAGCUAUCAAGGAGAAGAAGAUUUUCUCUAUUUACGGACACUACCCGGUGGUCCAGGCCGCUCUGCGAAGGAAGGGCUGGGUGGAGAAGAAGUUCCACUUUUUGCCCAUCAUUCCGGAUGUCGAGGACGAAGGCGCUGGGGUUACUGAUGUUACAUGUGGCAAAGUCAAAGAAAAUCAAGAAAUGGCCUUGGAGAAAACAGACGACAUCCACAACGUGAUGUCUAGGUUGGUAAAAAACGAGAUGCCGUACCUCCUCUGGACCAUCAAGAGGGACGCCAUUGACUAUCACAGCCUGACCUGCGACCAGAUGCUGAACCAUUAUGCAAAGACAGCCUCCUUCACCACCAAGAUCGGGCUGUGUGUGAACAUGCGGAGCCUGCCCUGGUACGUCCCGGCCAACCCAGACUCCUUCUUCCCGCGUUGCUACAGCCUCUGCACCGAGAGCGAACAGCAGGAAUUCCUGGAAGACUUCCGGCGCACCAUGGCAUCCAGCAUCCUCAAGUGGGUGGUCAGCCACCAGAGCUGCAGCAGGAGCGGCAGGAGCAAGCCCAGGGGCCAGAGGGAGGAGGCUGGGAGCAGCGACCUGAGCAGCAGGCAAGAUGCCGAAAAUGCUGAGGCAAAGCUCAGGGGUCUCCCGGGGCAGCUUGUGGACAUCGCGUGCAAGGUGUGCCAGGCCUACCUGGGGCAGCUGGAGCAUGAGGACAUCGACACGUCAGCGGACGCCGCGGAGGACCUCACCGAGGCCGAGUGGGAGGACCUGACACAGCAGUACUACUCCCUCGUUCA